AAUUACAAUUUCAUUAUAUUUGAAAUAAAAUGAAAAUAAUAAUAGGAAGUGAUUGUAAAAUUUUGCAAAUAGUUGUUAAUCUUCUGGAUUCCUAAGGUCCAAGUAUUGAAUGAUGAAAACCUAAAAGAGUCAAUAUUAUGGAUCUAUUUGCCCUUCUCUUUAUGGCCUGUAUUUCUAUCCUAUUUGGUGUGAUCUUAACUCUAUGUGUUCAGUAUUAUAUUUUAUAUGUGUAUUUGAAGAAGAGCCCCAUUGCAAAAAGUACUUUGAAUAAAAAUUCCGCAGAUUACAGUUUACCACAGUCUAUAAAAGAAAAACUGGAAAAUGAUGACCUCACAGACAAGGAUAAAGGUUCCAGUUUACCAAUAAGUUUGGUUCUUCAGUUUCUUUUUCAUGAAUUGAGGCACUCAGAACUUAUCAAAAGAUGGCUCUAUAAAAAGCUCAGUUUAGAAUUUGAUGAGCUACUGACUAAAACUACAAUAGGAAAAUUUUUUGACACAAUAACAAUAAAAGACAUGCACCUAGGAACAGAAUUUCCAGAUAUCAAAGACAUCACUGUGGAUAAUGUAAAAUUAGAUAAAAAAGAAGGUCACUUAGAAACUGUCAGUUUAUCUUUAAACCUAGAUUAUACAGGUAACUUCAUGUUGAGUAUAGAUGCAAAAAUGAAAUUUGGGAAAACUGCAUAUCUUUCAAUAAAAGUGAAACGUAUAAGUGGACAAGCAAGAUUGCAAUUCUCCAGACAGCCCUACACCCAUUGGUCAUUCAGUUUUUAUUCAGACCCUCUACUGGAUUUGGCUGUUGAAUCUCAUUUUCAAGGAAGGCAGUUGCAAUCAAACAUCACCAACCUAAUUGUUAAUCAAAUCAAGAAGGCUAUCAAAAGGAAGCACACUCUUCCAAAUUAUAAAAUUAGGUAUAAACCGUUCUUUGUGAAGACUGAUCCCAGCCAACUGGAUGUAGAAGACAAUGAAAUAGUCUCUCAAGGUCAGUUGGAGGUUACUUGCGUGGAGAUAACUCGCCUAUCUCUACCACCAGUAGUACAAAGUAUCUAUUGUACAUUAGCAGCAGACGCCAUUCCAUGGAUAUCUCUCUGCCAAAGAGACGACACCAUUUACAUGACCCUGGAGAUCACCAUUACCAAAUCCAGGCAAGCCCCGUUGGGCGCCAUAUUCAAACAAGAACAGGGCCUGGUAUUGGUCGAGAGCGUUUCCCCGCACAGCUCCGCUUACAAAUCAGGCUUGCGCACUAACGACAUUGUUCUGACGGUGGAAAAUCGCAAUGUUCAGACAGCAGCGCAAGUGACCAAGUUUAUAAAGUCGAUGGCGUCGGUAAAUGUGACCUUGAAAGUAGAGAGAUCGGUGGAGAAUUAUUUGUGGAAGUCCAGGUUGAAUGAGGAUACUGAAGUGAGAGUGACGUGUCCUACGCCUGAGGCUACGGAGGAAACUGAGCUCAUUCAGACCGAGCAAGACAGCUUCGUUCUGGUGGAAACCGCGAAAGACACCAAGAAGCGAGUGCCCAAAAUGAUACCGACCAACGAGAACAUGGCGAAGCUGGCCCAAACAAUCGGCAAUUUCAGCCUGAGGAAGCGCAAAACUUCCCUGUCCGAAACGGGCAGUGCCAAAAACACGCCGGCCUCCAGCGGUCCCGGAACACCUCAACAUUCCAUUGUAAAACAACAAACGCCUACUAAAAGGGGGACUAUCUGUGAAUUUCCCGAAAUUAUGAGGAAUGAUUCGGUGAACAGUGUCCCUGAGACCAGUUCUUCGGAGAAAUUCCAAUUACACAGAAGCAAAGAACUUCCGAACACUACCGUUCUUCAAUUCAACGAGGAUUUCCAGUUCAACCUGAAAGACUCAUUGAAAUACCUCAAUAUCAACGUUUGGGCUACGUUGGCUGACGAAAAAGAUGUUCUUCUAGGUUAUACCAACAUCCCCAUCAGCCACAUUCUCGCCGAGUGCUGCAACAGCUUCCUGGGACACUACAUGCGUCGCUACUCCUUUUUACCCCCAAACAAUAUCACCCCCAACAACCAAACGCACCCCCUCUUGUUGCAUUCCGGGUUCGAACAUGUUUUUUGCUACGGGGAUGUCCUUUUGGCCUUCGCUUGGACGCACGACGAAGAGAUCGAGCUGAAGAGGAAGACGAGCGCUGUGGAGUUGGGUCACGUGACGAUCGUGUCGGCCAACACGAGUCAGCAUGAUUUCGUGAGGACUCAGUUCCACAGGACCACGCAUUGCGAUUUUUGUACCAAGAAGAUAUGGCUGAAAGAUGCCGUGCAAUGCAAGCAGUGCGGUAUGUGCUGCCACAAAAAGUGCAUAUCGAAAUGCCAGAUGAGUACCGGGUGCAAUCCCGGAAUGAAGAAUGAAGUUUCUGCGUCUGAAGUUACGCUCCAGCCGGAGAUUACAAUGACGGAAAUCGGGGAAGACGUGACGGAAUCUUCGAGUCUAGGGAACGGCCUCAAAAGGGUCAAUAGCGUCAACAAUCUGGCCAUACCAGGGUCCCAAUUCAUGGCGAGCACAUCGCGCAGUUUGCCGCCCUCCCCGCAACGAACGCCCAGUAGAAAGCACUCUCUCAUAUCGAUUAACCCUUUCGCGUUGUGUCCUGAUGUUUUGGAAGAAGUGCAGAAGAACCCGGGCGAAGCUCUGGACAACGUCAACAGGCUGUUGGAGCAGGUGAUGCAGUGUCCUCCAGACGAAUUGUUGAUGGACGCUGCCAAAGAGACAGGACAACAGAUGUACGCCCAUAUGACUCACGAGGAAAGAGUCGAAAAAAUGAACGUCAUGAUGGGCGAACUGAAAAAAAGCCUGGACUCCAUCACGUUGGAACAUAUGGAGCUGUCAAAGCGAUUAGGAGCGGAAGAAUCCGAAGUGCAAAAGGCCAAAUUGGCUUUCUUGAUGGGCCAAGCAGACGCUAAAGUGCACGGUUUAUCAGUGCUUAUGUUGCACUAUUGUUCCAGUUUGCAGCACGCCCAAGAAAAGAUCAUUUAAGUUGAUUUUUCUUGUUGAACCCCGUGCGCAAAACGAUUUGAAGUCGAGCAUUUUUUUGUGUAAGUUAUGACGUGAUCCAGUAAUCGGUUCAUUCCCGUUCAAAAACUUCCAACAGAACGAUUUGAACUACUAAUUAAUCAUUCCAGAAUUACGUCAUUUGACAGGUUGCUGAGGGGCAAACAUUGUAUUUUGUCAAGAUUUGUCAUAUAAAACCAGAAUUAGUGGGAUCGUUUUCUUUGGAAUCCGAGUUGGAACCAGAAAGAAUUUCAUAAUUCUGUUUGGUGAAACUGUUAUUAUAUUGUGGAUGUGGCAGGGAUGGCCAGGGCUAUGCUCAUCAAAGGUAGGUAACUUGACAGAUAGUUUGUGUGCCCCUCA